CCUUCCUCAGCCACCCAAGUACAAGAAGAAAGUUAUUAAAAUUUUGAGGUAGCAGCCCAGACUGGCCUCCAUCUCCUUGAAAUGCACCUUUUUCAGUCUCUAUACUGGGAUGACAAUCGUGAGUUACUCCACCUGGCUUUCAUUGAAUUUUGUUUUGGGUCAGGUCUCAUUUGACCCAGGCUAGCCUGGAACUCACAAAGCAAAGGAUGACUUCACAAAGCAAACUCUGAUCUCCCUGUCUUCUCUAGCACUGUGUAUAUAGGCAUUCGCCACACCUGACUUAUAUUUAUUUAUUUAGAGACAGUCUUAUGUGUCUGAAUCUCGUCUCGAAAUUACUAUGUCGUAGCCCAGAUUAACCUUGAAUUUACAACAGUCUUGGCAAACAUGGGCUGUCACACCAGGCUUCUAUUUUAAAAUAGAGUUUCAUGCAUCUUUAGGAUGGCCUAGAUCUCAGUAUGUACAACCCAAAACUGACCUUAAGUCCUGAGGGACCCAGGGCUUCUGCAUGCUACCAGUUCAGCCCCAGACCAGGACUAAUACCUGAUCUAGAACAAAAUCUCUGGAAUCAAAAUUCUACAUGAGAGAUGCUAGCUAUUAACUUAGUUGUUGACUAUGCCCUUUAACCACACGUCUUUUUUCUUCUUUCUUCAGACAAUUUACACUCUUAUUUUGGGAAAUGGGGGCAUGCACCUUGUGCAGGGGACAACUUACCAGGCUUCAGGGGUUAAGGAGAAAGAGAUGGACACCCCAGACUCAGCCUCAAGGGUCUUCUGUGGCCGCUUCCUCAGCAUGGUGAACACUGAUGACGUCAACGCCAUAAUUCUGGCCCAGAAGAACAUGCUGGACCGCUUCGAGAAAACCAACGAGAUGCUUCUGAACUUCAACAAUCUGUCCAGCGUGCGGCUGCAGCAGAUGAGCGAGCGCUUCAUGCACCACACCCGCACCUUGGUGGACAUGAAACGGGACCUGGACAGCAUCUUCCGCAGGAUCAGGACACUGAAGGGGAAGCUGGCCCGGCAGCACCCAGAGGCCUUCAGCCACAUCCCAGAGGGUUCACUCCUAGAGGACGAAGAUGAAGACCCUGUUCCACCCAGUAUCACCACAACCAUCGCCACCUCAGAGCAGAGCACAGGGUCCUGUGACACCAGCCCUGACACUGCCUCUCCAUCCUUCAGUCCUGGCUUUGAGGACCUAUCACACAUUCGACCUGGCUCUCCUGCCAUCAAUGGCCACAGCCAAACAGAUGAUGAGGAAGAAACACGUGAAGAAUAACCUCUCUCCCAACCUCCCAGAAAGGCCCAGGGCAGCAGUGGUUCUCCUAGGGUCACAGUCAGUCAGCUUUGCUGCUCCUUUCUUUUGUAGGCAGGGUUCCUAAUUCCUGCCACUCCCCGUAAGAGCAGGACUUCCUAUGCCAGCAUGUAUGUCUAGCUGGGGCAGUGGGGCUGGGUAGAGGUAACCUUGAAAUCAGCCUGGGCCAGCUUUGAACAGUGCUUCUAAGGUCUCCAGAGACCAAAGCCAGAUUGUCAUCCCCCACACCCUGGGUGGGCACAGGAGGGCUGAGCUUGUUCCUACCCACUGGCAGCUGCUGAUUCAACUAUGUCUCCUUUCCCUCUGUGGAGUACUUUUUUCCUGUUGUGUUGAAUUCUGGAGGAAGAGGCAGCCUUGACUGUGAGGAGCUGUGUUUCUCCAAGGUCCAUCAGGUUAUCUCCAGGAGCUGGCCAGUCACCUUAGAAAACAGCUGAAUGGAAUAUUUUUAUACCUGAUGUUUACAGAUGUUGGGAAGUUAUCAAUAAAGACUGUUGUUAAAAGGGAACACUA